AAAAUGAAGUAAGUCCUGUUGAGUCCAAAUUGGGAUCCAGCAGUGUUCAAGAGAGUUGCAUAGAAAAAACAAAUGACAUCAAUUUGAGCACACUAGAAGGACCAGGUUUUUCUACUGAUAUUCCUAAAGCAGAUACUGCAAGCAUGCUAAUCACCAACAACUGUGAUGCAGUUUUGCAAGCCAGCAUAGACAUUCAAUCACCUGAUGUAAAGAGGCAUUCAGAAACCCUUCAAGGGAUGGAACAAACUGUAUGGACAGAUGUGGAUAUGGCUUAUUUAAAUCAACUCAAAGAAGAACCUUUAGGUUUUCAAGAUAUCCAGGAUAUAAUAUCACCUUUUUCACAUUCAGAAUUGGAGCAAAGCUUUCCUAGUUUGCUUGAAGACAUGGCAACGGAAGAAUUACCCCCUGAAAGUUCUUCUGUUCCUGAUGUUUCCAUUAAAUUGGAGCCUGAUGUGGAUUCUUUGGAAAAACCACUGAUCACAGUCCUCUGUGAUGCUGCUCUUGAUGCUACUGAGCUGACUACAGCAAGUACUUCCCAGCUCUGUGAUAGCCAGCGGACUGAUAGCACCAUUGCAUCUCUUCCUGACCUUGGAUCAUUGGCUCCUGAAUUUCCUACUGAGAUAAAGCAAUCUGACCAACAGAUUGGAAAACCCAUACCUGAAACCAAGAGGAGUUCAGACUCUGAAGAAGCAUUUGAAACACCAGAAUCCACAACUCCUGUAAAAGCUGCACCUCCACCACCGCAACUACCGCCUGAAAUUGUAGCAUUCGACAUAGAGGAACAAGAAAUAAGACCUCAGCUUCCAUCAGAAGACCCAGGUUACAGUCCCAGCACACCUGACAAAGGCCAAGAGAGCACCGAGCCUCAAAGUUUUUCUUCUGAAACAGUAACAGUAGCUGAUGUACCUCAUUGUGAACCAGUUGAAGAAACUCCAUUGCCCCCUCUAUCCCACUCACUUUCUACAGUUUUUGAUGAAGACAAGCCAAUUGCUAGCAGUGGAACUUACAACCUAGACUUUGAUAGCAUUGAAGUUGUAGAUUCCUUACAAGCUGUGGAUCCAAGCUCCCUGGACACAAAGAGUCAAGAUUCCAAGUCACAUGUUAGAAGAAAAUCCACAGAUUCUGUUCCAGUCUCUAGAUCUACAUUAUCUCGUUCCCUCAGUUUGCAAGCUGGAGAAUUUGAUGGAGCCUCUUUUCCUGGGACCAACGAGACAGCAGGUUCUGCAACAGAUACUUUUAGUACCGGUUCAAGCAGUGCUUCUAGUACUCUUAAGCGCACAAAAAAAUCUAGGCCAGCUUCCUUAAAGAAAAAACAGUUAGCAAAAAAAUCCUUGGAUGUUUCUCCAGUAAAAGAACCAGGGAUAUCAGAUUUCAAGCAAGAUUCUGCGGCCUCAAGUGACGAAAAAGUUUCUGAAGAGACUUUGGAGCCCACUGAACCUGAGUGUACCAACCAACAAUACCAAAGUACUGUUAAUAAAGACGAGGCCAUUCCUGAACUAGAGUCAUUGAGUCUGUUUGAUCCAAAUAACUUGGAAGAUAUCCCUGUAUCAGGAGAUAGCAAAGUACAGAACUCUCCACUUGCCAACAAGAAAACUGUAUCUCUUACCACAACACCAGAAGCUGUGGAGGUGACACCAUCAGACACUGGGGGACAAGAAGAUUCUCCAGUGAAAGGCUUAGCAGUAAGAUUGGAAUUUGAUUAUUCUGAGGAAAAAGGCAGUGGUGAGGAACAGACGGAGAGUCCUCUUCUGCCCAAAAAAGUGGGCAAAAAACCUGGGGCCAAAAUGCCCCUCAGGAGGCCAAAGACUAAAAAGACUGGAGAGAAACUUGACAAUACUCCCACAAGCCCAACCAAGAUUCCUUCGGAACCCAAUGAGAUUCCUGUCUCCAAGGGCUCUUAUACUUUUGAUAUUGACAAAUGGGAUGACCCCAACUUCAAUCCUUUCUCUCCCACUUGCAAAAUGCAAGAAUCUCCAAAACUUCCUCAGCAAACCACCACAACGUACAGUUUUGAUCCAGACAUCUCUGAGGAUUCUCUUGAUCCAUUCAAAUCUUCCACAAAAGUUUCCAGCUCUCCCACACAAUCUCCAGCAUCCUUUGAGAUCUCAGCUAACGUCAAUGAAAUUAAUGGAUCAGAAGGAGAUGGCCUAAAUAAACCGGCAAAAAAGAAGAAGACGCCACUCAAGACUGACACAUUUAGAGUGAAAAAGUCACCAAAAAGAUCUCCACUGUCUGAUGCACCUCCACAGGAAUCUAUGGCACUGCCUUGUACUGAAACGCCCUCUGUUGUGUCCACUGUGGUUCAUGCAACAGACGAAGAAAAGCUGGCAUCAUCUGUGGGUAAUCAGAAAUGGACUUGUAUGACAGUGGAUCUUGAUUCUGAUAAGCAGGAUUAUCCUCAGCCAUCAGAUCUGUCAACAUUUGUAAAUGAAACAAAGUUCAGCUCUCCUACAGAAGAGCUGGAAUAUGGCAACACAUAUGAAAUAGAAUACAUGGAAAAAAUAGGUUCUUCCAUAGCCGAUGAUGAUGGCCAGACAAAGCAAUCUUUGUACCUCAUGUUCAAUGCUCAGCAAGAGAGUCCAAUCAAGUCUCCACCAGCCCGUUUAUCAGAUUCUACAACUCCUUGUUCUGGGUCAAGUCUGGAAGAAACAGAAAGUCAGCUUACCUGUGGUAUAAAACUACAGCACCCAGCCUCACGAUGCCUAGUAGCUAACCAAGAAUCAUCAGUACAGUCUGAUAAAACAAAAGAACUGGAAUCUGUGUCCAUAGGAAGUGCUUCAGACAACAUAAUCAGUCCUGAAGAUUCCUAUGUUUCCGCUGAUGCUCUCCUUAGUAGGAUAUCUCAUCCACCUUUAGUAUGUGAUCAGCUUCAGUAUCUGGAGCCUGAUUUAGCAGAAAAGAAUCCCCCAGUAUUUGCUCAGAAACUUCAGGAGGAAUUAGAAUUUGCUGCAAUGAGGAUAGAAGCCCUGAAGCUAGCCAGACAAAUUACCUUGUCUUCUUUCAACUCCUUAAAUACUGAGAGAGACUCUGCAGCUGAUGCUUUGAUCUCUAAAAGUGCAUUGUACUCACGGAUAAGCAGCUCAGAGGGAGAAAAUGCCUCCACUUUGCUUUAUAAGCAGCAAGAUCUGGAUACCGCCUUAAGAGUUACCAGGGAAGAGAUAGUUGCGAAGGAAAGGAUGAUUUCAGAAUGGAAAGAGAAAUAUGAAGACAGUAGGAGGGAAGUAAUGGAAAUGAGGAAAAUUGUUUCAGAGUAUGAGAAGACAAUUGCUCAAAUGAUAGAGGAUGAGCAGAGAGAAAAAUCCAUGUCCCAUCACACUGUCCAGCAACUUAUUAUGGAAAAAGAGCAAGCAUUAGCUGACCUGAACUCUGUGGAAAAAUCUCUAGCAGAUCUUUUCAGAAGAUAUGAAAAAAUGAAAGAAGUUCUUGAAGGAUUUAGGAAGAAUGAAGAAGUAUUAAAGAAAUGCGCACAAGAAUAUUUAUCACGAGUUAAAAAAGAAGAGCAGAGAUAUCAAGCCCUCAAGAUUCAUGCAGAGGAAAAACUGGACAGAGCCAAUGCUGAAAUUGCACAAGUUCGGGGAAAGGCUCAGCAAGAACAAGCAGCUUACCAGGCCAGCCUUCGUAAAGAGCAGUUAAAAGUGGAUGCAUUGGAAAGAACACUGGAACAAAAGAAUAAAGAAAUAGAAGAGUUGACGAAGAUUUGCGAUGAACUGAUUGCCAAAAUGGGGAAAAGCUAACUUUUAACCAAAACCCUAAAUUACAAUCUUGAGUGCAAUAUGACCAUUGGCACAGUGAUAUCCAGGCAGUGAUGUGAAUGGAUUCUAUUUUCACUUUUUGUAUGCACUACUGUAUUUUUUCUUAAUAAUGUUGAUUUGAUUGUAUGCAGUACUAAGACUAUCAGAAAUCCUUGCUAUUGUCUGCAAUUCUUUCCUUUGUAUAAUUCAUAGCAAGUUGAUCUCAAAAGUUCCUGUAUCAGGGAGAUUUGUCGAGUUCUUUAAUAAAUUACAGUUGCUCAUCCUAGCCUUCCCUUUGUACAUGAGUUCCCAUGUUGGAUGUCUUUUUUGGAUUUAAUAUAAAUGUGUAUUACAUGCAUGGGGACUCUUGCCUUAAGGAGUGUAAAUUUGAUCUGCAUUUUCUGAUUUGUAAAAUAAAAUGGAAAC